AUGCUUUCCCGUCCGGCGAAGAUGAAGCGUUUUACCCAAUUCUUCAGCGACGACGACGACGACGACAGAGGCCCUGAGCCACUACCGCUAGCUAGCAACCAAGAAAGUGAUCGGCUUCCACAGCCUGACGACAUCACAGCACUCCCAGAGCUGGUUACAAGCCGCACGGUACAGGCAGACCAAGAGACUGUUCGCACUCCGUCGCUUCACGGAAGUUCGGCCGUCGAGGCACAGAUGCGACUCGACAUUCCAAUCAGGACUGGAUCGCUGCGGCACAGGUACAAAUUAGUGCACAAGCGCGAUCUUGGUGGAACGGUCGAGGUCGUCCUUGAGCUGCCGACUGGGAAGGAUGUCUACCUGGUCAGAGAACUGUCAGUGGCAAAAGACGAGGUCUCAUCGUUCCGAAAGCGUCGGCUGUUUCACGAGAAUCUUUGCAGGACGCACGAAGUCUUCGAAGAUAGCGGAGUGUUCUACUGUGUGAUGGAGCCUGCGGUCGUUACUCUUCGGCAUGUUUAUCGCUGCCCGGAAUACCCGAACGAAGACCUACUGGUUGCUAUCACGAAGCAGAUGCUUGCUGGAGUCUCUUACUUGAGCUCAGAGAACCUUUUCCACAGUCUCUUAAACAUCGACAACGUCGUCAUUAACUCUGAUGGUGUGGUCAAGAUCACAAAACUUGAAUACUGUGAAUUCGAUAGAAGCUGCUCACCAAAGAAUACGAAGGCUUUCGGACAUAUCACCAUGAUGCUCAUGUACAAGUCCGCUAAUGGCAAAAGAGAAAUCACUGUGCAACCGUCGCACAAGUGGUCGGACACAGCAGUGGAUUUCCUUGCUUCAACGAGAACGUGGACACCAGACAAGCUUCUGAAGCACGACUUCUUGCAGCAGAAGUGGAACGUUGAGGAGCUGAAGCUAUUCGUGUCGUACGUUCCGACGCGCACGUACAUGGGUUCAUGCCAAGCUCUAGAUAUACCUGCUGUAAUAGACGAAGAAGCAUGA